CAGUUACAGUAUCUCGCAGCAGAGCUCGGGGAAGCGCCUCGAAGCGAAAAAGAUUAUGCAGAGUGCAAUGUUUCUGGCUCUCCAGCACAACUGCAGCCCAAUGGAGAGGAGCGCCAGCAGCUGCCCGAGCAAAGAAGAGAAAAAAGGGAAGAUGAAGAGAACCAUCAUGAAAGAUUGGAAAUCACGGUUGAGUUACUUCCUGCAGAACUCUUCCAGUUCUACCACUGCAAAGGCCAACAAGAAAGGGCAGCAAAAGGCAUUUAUUAGGCCAUCUCCCGAGGAAGCCCAGCUAUGGUCGGAAGCAUUUGAUGAGCUGCUUGCUAACAAAUAUGGUCUGGCAGCGUUCAGAGCAUUCUUGAAAUCUGAGUUUUGUGAAGAGAACAUUGACUUCUGGCUGGCUUGUGAGGAUUUCAAGAAAACGAAGUCCCCACAGAAAAUGACCGCCAAGGCUAAGAAGAUUUACAGUGACUUUAUUGAAAAGGAAGCUCCCAAGGAGAUCAACAUAGACUUUCAGACCAAGAAUACCAUUGCUCAGAACCUCCAAGAGGCUACAGACACUUGCUUCAGCACAGCCCAGAAGAGAGUCUACAGCUUGAUGGAAAAUAAUGCCUAUCCACGGUUCCUGGAGUCUGAAUUCUACCAGGAGUUGUGUAAAAUGCCAAUCAAUAAGGAGCCUCAGGGGACAUGAACUCCGAGUCCGGGAGGGAAGAGGAAGCAAAAUGGAAGAGAGUGCCAUUUUUUUUCCAUUAAGGAGGAAGCCCAUGCCUUUGCAAGCCGGAUGGACUGAAAUGAACUGACUGUACAGGAGAUCUGCCCAAAUGUAACUUAUAUUUUUCCACGGAGGAUGGGCAUAUAUUGACUCUGGCAGUUCUCAGAUUCCGGCGCGCUGCAAUAAUAUAGUCCACAAGGAAAACCAAGUGAAACUGCUGGCCAGUUACUAGGGAAAGUUCCUUUUCCAUUAAAAAGAUGCUGUUGGCAAGGAGCGUCUUACGCAUUUUGGGUUGUCCAGAUCCAUCUAUCAACGUGGAUGCGUUGACACUCUUAAGCCAGAUAAGAUCGGCCUCCCUUGCUAAAAUAAAUAAGCUCUGGAGUAGCUCUGCGCAGACCGACUUUUUCUGGGACAUAGAAAAUGCUUUGAAUAAUUCGCUGUCUCUACUUUUCCUAAACAACUGGCAGCAUAUAAUAAUUUAUAGGGUUCCUCAUGUGGGUUCCCUACAGAGCUUGCAUCUCUGCACAGAUGUGCGACUGCUCAACAUAAAUUCUGACGUUAACUGUUAUCAUUUCACGCAGAGAUGACUGACUUAAAACAGAGCAUGCUGACUGGCUGCUUAACUGGGGUCAAAGUUUGCCUGCAUGAAGGUGCAGGUGGAGCAGAACUUAGCCCAGACUUAAAA